GAGCCAGCAAGCGCAAUAUACCCGAGGCGCGGCUCAGGUGUGGGCCAGGACCUUCCUUUCUCGCAGCGUCGCAGCGGUCUCUCGCCUGCCUGCCAGAUGCCAGGUCCCGGCACGGAUCAGCCCUUGUGCCUAUUUGAUGUCGAAUCCUAACUCCAACUGAAGAGCCAGUUUUGUCUUGGUGCACUUACCAGGGUCGAAGAUGGACUAUGUUCUCAAUUACGCAGAUUAUUACUUUUUUACACCCUAUGUAUAUCCAUCUACAUGGCCGGAGGAUGACAUUUUCCGACAGACUAUUGGUCUCCUGAUUGUAACGAACCUUGGUGCUUUUGUCCUUUAUUUCCUCUGUGCAUCACUGAGCUAUUAUUUUAUCUACGACCAUUCAUUAAUGAAACAUCCACUAUUUUUAAAGAAUCAAGUCUAUCGAGAGAUUAAAUUCACUGUCCAGUCAAUGCCAUGGAUCAGUAUUCCCACCGUUGCUUUGUUCCUGCUAGAGGUGAAAGGUUACAGCAAAUUGUAUGACGACAUAGAGUUUCCACAUGGCUGGUUUCACCUCAUUGUUAGUGUAAUAUCCUUCCUCUUUUUCACCGACAUGCUGAUCUACUGGAUUCACAGAGGCCUUCAUCAUAAACUUGUAUACAAGCGCAUACAUAAACCUCAUCAUGUGUGGAAGAUUCCUACUCCAUUUGCAAGUCAUGCUUUUCACCCUUUGGAUGGCUUUCUUCAGAGUCUACCUUACCAUAUAUACCCUUUUAUUUUUCCAUUACACAAGUUGGUGUACUUAGGUUUGUACAUCCUUGUUAAUGUCUGGACAAUUUCCAUUCAUGAUGGUGAUUUUCGUGUCCCCAAGAUCUUCAGGCCGUUUAUUAAUGGCUCAGCUCAUCAUACAGACCACCACCUGUUCUUUGACUAUAACUACGGACAGUACUUCACCUUGUGGGAUAGAAUCGGAGGCUCAUUCAAAAAUCCUUCCUCCUUUGAGGGAAAGGGACCACAUAGUUACGUGAAGAGUGUGACGGAACAAAAUUGCAAUAGCCCUUCAGAGAAUGGUUAUAAAAAUGAAAAAUUAGGCAAUGGAGAGCUCACGAAGAUAGAGUAGAUUAUUGCCCAAAUCUUAAAUAUUUUUAAUAAGGAGAAAUAAUCGAUACCCAGUGAAGAUACAUGGCAAGUAAGUGGCGUCAUUUGAAAAUCAGCGUUGUGCACGCUGCUGAGGAAUGGCCAUGUGGUAGAUCAAAAGAAGAUGCUGUGAACACCAAGAUUCUAAUACCAUGUUUCAAGUACUGAGCGUUCGUCCGAGAACAGUGUGUAUCUUUCCAACCAGCAGAUCUAUAGUUUGUAUAGCCUCUACAAUAGUUUUAAAUUAAAGAAUAAACUACUGAAGGGACCUGGCUAUAUAUCCUUUUGCCUUACUCCACCCAUACUCAGUAAGAAAAAUUCAUUGUGUUCAAUAAUACCAAGGCUUAAGUACCCUAAUCAAGAAAUACUAAUGUGAAGAUGGUUCUUUGUUGAGGAAUGGCUACUUCAGUAUUGGUAUGAUAAUGACUACUUGUAGGAUUUUGCUCAAGUAGAACAAUCAGUUUGGAUAAAAGUCUGAUAUAUUAGUUAUUAUACCAAGGGUAGUAGCAGAUAUAGGGUUAUCAUUUUCCUAUAAAAGCCUCAUUUUCUGGGAUAUCAUCAAGUGGUCCAUUUUACUAAUGGAUAAAUAAAUUGGAAUUAAAAAAAAAAUAACAGUGUUGCCAUGAUUUAAUUCAAAUGUGAGGUUAUUUAACUGAAGAUAUUGAUGAUUACCAUGUAAAACCGUUAUUUAAUAAGCAUAAAAGUUAGGAAACUGAGUAUAGGUAGGGAAAUUUGAUGCUCAAAUAAUAUAUUUGGCACUGAUGAUUUUUUAAUUAAAUCAAUGCACUGCACUUUGGAUAUUUUUCACAGUUACAAACCUGUCUCUUGUAACAGGAAAUAAUUGCCAAAUAUUGCAGUCUUAUCUUUGAAGAUUUGUGUACAAACCUCAUUCUCCUCUUUCUCCGUCAGCACUUUCCCACACCGCCUCUUCAAAAAGAUUUGACAAAUACUUUCUUAAAAAAAAGUUGUGUGUUGUAACAUAACUAUAUUGGAAAACCAUAAUUUUAAAGAUACUUUAUUGUUAUUUAUGUAAAAUCAAUAAAAGUUGAUCAUACUGUUAUUAAACUGCAUCGGUUAAAUAUUGUAAUAGUGCAAAAUAUUCAUUGCACAAAUUGAUGUAAAUUUGAAACCAGGGACAAUGUGGAUUGUUUAAACUGUUUUAGAACCUUCCCAGAUGCUCACUCUAGCAGAGAAAGAGAGAAGGGGGAUAUUACAUUCUUGUAUUUCACAUCUUUAUUAGAUUUAUGUUUAGGUUCAAUGUUGACCUUAUGGGGAAAUUUGAUUCGGUUCUCAUCCAGUUCAACUUGUGACCAGAAUUACGGAGAGAAUUGAGUUUGUGAGCCAAGGUACUGCUGUACUUUAGCAGGAGACUAGUCAUAAAAUUUAAUCCCUGGGAUCCAGAAGAAAAUGUUCUUACGUUGAAUUCCAUGUACCAGUUAGUUUUUUAUAACAGGUAAAUGCAGCUGAGUACUUUUCACUAGUUCUACCCGGCUCAGUGUUCCACCUUGCCUAAGAAAGAGAAGAAAAUUAAAGAGAAGUAAAUUUAUUGCUCAAUAAUAGUGACAUCUAAUAUGCAUUGAGCUUUUCUUCUUCACUAGGCAUUGCUAUGAGUCUUUGACAUGAAGAAACGAGAACUCAAAGAAGUUAAGUAGCUGUUGCAGGGUUCACUUCUCACAGAAACUCACGUGGAUGUUCCUGGUCAUCAGCAGGUUUCCACACGGUCAUUCUGAAACUCAAGCUCUACCUUGUGGCUCUUCCUAAUUUUUAGUUUAGAAUCCACUUUGUCACGGGGUACAUGGGGAAAGAAGGAAACGUGUGUGUAUGGAGAGUUUCUCUGAGAGGGGCCUAGGAGUGUAUGUCUUUUGCUCACUCACAUUUCUUGGACAAAAAUCAGUCAUGCCCCCCUGGACUGGAAAAGGUUUCAUCCCAUGACUGGCUAUAUGCUGGAGCAAUGAGGAAGCCAGUUUCUUGAGCAGAUAGCAAACUUUACCACAUUCAUGUGGUUUAUUACCCUCUUCAUGAGGAGAAUGGAGGAAAUAAAGAUGUCAGAAUGAUAAAUGAGCUCCGAAAUAUUUCAGGUUCUCUCUGCAUUAGUUGUCCCAGUGUUUAAUUCCAUAACUGAUAGCAAUGUGAAAAUUAAUAGAUUUUAUUCCUGUCUAAUACAGAGGAAAGCACAUAAUUUAUGAGAAGGAAAAUUUUUAAAGUGUUAAGAAUGGUCAGAUUAAUCUCUGCCUUCUCACCCUUCUUAAAUUCUGGUCUUUUAAAGCUGAAUUAUGUUGAAAAAUUCUUUUUUUUAUGCUUCAUCAUGUUCUUCUUGUGCUCACUCCAGCAGCACAUAUACAUCAUGUUCUCGUAUUCUCUAUUAGAGCAGUUCAGAAUAUUCAGGGAAGUGAGGACCUAAAUGCCUUCCUAGAGGAAUGGCAAUUGAGAAACUUUCCCUUUGACUUUGAAACCUUUUAUAGUUAUCAAAGUGGAAAAUGAAGUAAAAAAAGUUACAUUUUUUUCCUUUGCUGGUAGAAACUGGGAGGUAGAUGGAGAUGAUUGAGAGCACAGUUGAGAAACCCACAGAAAUGUACUGUGUCUUCAUCUUUCUCCUGUCUCUUAAUACUGAAUGCGAGGAAUCUACCCUCCCCUUUUCUUUUGCUUCCUGUCUUCUAGAGCCCAGGGACAGGUUUGGGAGAGAAUUAGGAGUUCAGUUUUGAGUGCAUGCUGUUUACAGCACAUGCAGUUAUUUUAUAGAGGAGUGAUGUGUAGGAGAUAACAGAGCAAAGAUUUGGGAUGCAUUUAGGUAGAAAAAGUGUGAAGUCAUUCAUUAGCCAUGCAGAGCAGGAAUAAAGUUAUCCAAAGAAACUAAACAAUUUGCGGGAUGCUGUGGUCUAAAUGUGUCCCCUAAAAUUGAUACAUUAAAACCCAACUGAUCAUCAAGAUGAUAACAUUAAGAGGCAGGACCAUUAGGAGUAAUUAAGCCACGCCCUCAUAAAUGGAAUUAAAAGUAUAAGGGAGCUCUAUCCUUUUUGUGUUAUAAUUCCUUCUGUCAUGUGAAGACCCAGCAUUUGUUCCCUCCAGAGGAUACAGCACCAAGGCGCCAUUAUGGAAACAGAGUUUGAGUCUGCCAGACACCAAACCCUCUGGGACCUUAAUCUUGGACUUACCCGGCUCUGUAACAGUGUGAAGUAAAUUCCUAUUUGUAAAUGACCCAGUCGAAGGCAGCAAGAAAUUACUAACAGGAAAGAACUUUCCUUCCUUGUGUUUAUAACUUCAGACUCGAAAAACUUGACUGACUGUAUUUCAGCAGUUCCUGCUUUUGAUCAUCUUUUGUUGUUAUGUGCACUGUAUUUAUUCUAGGCCUUGAAAAUAGAAAUCAUCAUUGCGUUAAUCCAUGCAUUCUUACAAAAUACCUGAUACGUAAUUGAGCUUCAAUAAAUACUUCGCUGAAUGUAUUAAAUGAA